AUGUGGUUGUACAUAGCCAUGUUCGCCAGCUUGGGGGUUCGUAUACCCUUUUCUCCCUUCCAAAUGGUGUUAUUGAACCGAUGUGACAUAGCGUCGUCGCAACUUCAUCCAAAUAGUUGGGCCUCCAUCCGAUGUUUCGAGAUGGUCUGCGAAUAUCUCGAGCUACCGGUCUCGGUGGAGGUGUUCUUGUGGUUCUUCGUCCUAAUGAAUCCCUUCAAGGAAGGGAGAGCCAAGAAAGGGUAUAUGUCUUUCCGGAAAGCUCAGGGUAGGCAAAUUUUUGGGUUGUUCGGAGACUUCUUUCAUGGUUUCAAAGAGAAAUAUUUCAAGGUGCGGCCUCUCGAGGGUCGGCAUCCCUUUUGGUUAACUUUGGAAGGGAAACGCCGCAUCCCGACUUACUGGAGCUUUGGGGCUGGGUCCAAUACUUUCACUAAGGUGACUUACGAAGGCCUGAUCCCUCAAAAUAAAAAGGUUGCCGACGUACUGUUGGUUAUUUUUGGCAAAAACAAUGUUAACCCCCACCUUCUUAUGGGUGAUCGUUAUAUGGGUAUGGGCUAUAGAGUGUUAAUGGCUGGUGAGUAGGUUGGACUUGAAACAUUAUUUCAAAUGUUUUUCGUUGGCGAUGGAAGCUCUGCUACUCAUACGAACGAGCCGCUGCACUCUCCUGCUGUUGAAGUGCAAUCCCAACCUACCCAAGGGGAAGUGAUUGGAACCAGCACUGGACCGGUCUCUCGACCGGUGGUCGAAGAGGAGAGUGCGGGGCCCGAAGUCGUCGUUGUU